AUGAAGAUUGACGGCAACGACUGGCCUACUUCGAGAAAUAAGCAAUUAAAAAACAAACUGCCUCCAGCCAUUCCAAUUGAUAGUGGGAAAUAUGUCCAGUUUGGUGUAGAGAAUGCCAUAAAUGGUAUCUCUGUGGGACUGAUUAAUCGAGCCACAGAUCUUGUGAAGUUCUUCGACGUCUAUCAGAAAAAUUCAAAUCUGUUAUCAAAAAGCAUGCACAUAGUAGAGGGAAAGUCAAAGGAACCUGAACCUCAUGCAGUAUCUGGCUCGAUCACUAACUCCAAAGAGAUCAAAAAGUGGAAAAAGCAAGAUACAGAUGCCAGGGUGAUUCUCAUGACAACUAUAUCUCCCAAAGAGCAACAAGCAUUUGUGAAUUGCAAAACCACCAACUCAAUCUGGGUCAAACUAGCUGCCCAAUAUCUACAGAAUGCUUCAGCAAGCACCCACGUACUACAAGCAAGAUUUUUUCAUUACCAAUUUCUAAAAGGACAUAGCAUGAUGUCUCACAUUACCGCUAUUGAAGGACUCGCUCAACAACUUGAAGAUUUAGGUGAAUUUACUACACGCGAAGCUGAAAUAAAUGUGCCUCAUUACGAAAUGGAUAUCAAUAUUGAUGAAGCGAAGCUGAAUGAGGACAAACAAGCUGCUACUAUUACUCCUAUACUAGGGAAGCUAGUUUCUAUCAAAUCCUCAGCUUCAAGCGAUGAAGGUACCAAAAUCCUGUUAGACAUCGUUUUUGUGAUUGGGUUUUAUGUGGGCGUUGGGAAACCGGCCGACAUCAACAGUUUUCUUAGCAAUCUCAUUAGUGAAUUAAUUCUCUUGUCACCGACUCUAAACUGCAUUCAUAGUCGAGAUUUUACUGUGUCACUUCGCUGUGUGAUUGCAGACGGUCCUAUGCGGUCUUCUUUAAAAAAAACUAAGGGUCAUACUGGUUACUGGGCAUGUGAUCGCUGCGUUCAAAGAUGGGAAAUGAUAAACCACACCAUUUUGUUUCGAAAUGUUAACGCGAAAAGUAGAACUGAUGAUGACUUUUGGACAUAUUACGUAAAUCAAUUUUCUGAAGACGAUCACUUAAAAGAUCCUACUGAUGUUAGUCCCUUUAAAGAAAUUAAUUGUCGUAUGGUAACUUGCUUUAUUAUUGAUCCGAUGCACACUGUAAUUGAGGGAGCUUUUGGGCGUCGACUCGAGGGUUUUGUGUUUGUGUCGGGGGAGGGUACUUAUAUUGGAAAGCUUUCAACUUGCAAAAGUUAUAAAGUCCACGUGAAGCGCAACAUACUCUAUUAUCUGUUGUAUCCACUGUUUAAGGGGAUUCUUGAAGAUCACGAUCUUCAGCAUAUAAUGGUUUUACAAUAUGGAAUGUUACUUUUGAGUCCUUUCGAUAAAAAUCCAGUAUCUCAGUCAAAUUUGUUGGAAGCUAAAAAAGUUUUUGAACAAUACUCUGUUGGGCUUACGGAACUUGGCAUACCUUGUCGGUUUGUAAGCCAUCAAGUGACUCACGUGUGGGAGGACGUUAAAAAAUAUAAAUGCGGAAUUGAGACCAUCAGCGCUUUCCCGUUUGAAAGUUUUCAACGAUUUUUUCGCAACUGUUUGCGUAGUGGUAAUCGCCAGGCCGAACAAAUUCGAAAUAGGUGUAUUGAAAAAAACAAAUACCAACUCCCUACUACGGAAUGUGGAACAAUACUAACCAAUCAAAUGCAACUCGCCAUUGCAAAUAAAAAAUUUAAUGUAAAUUCCAGAUUUCCCCUUGCUUUUUUACGAAAAGGAGAGCGAUGGCCUAAAAGACUUGUAUUUGCUGAUUUCGUCCUGACUAAUCUUUUCCCUAAUAAUGUGAUUCUUGCAAACGAUGAAAUGGUCUACGUCUGCAUUGAUAUUGUUGUUAAUCAAGGCGAUGUAUGUAUCAAAGCCAAAAAAUUUGUUACCCUUCGGAAUGCAUUCAUAACACCGUAUGUCUCUUCUAAAUUUCAUACAUUUCUGGGGGGGAAGUUAAGUGACGAGACUUUUGAAUUGCGUCCAUCUCAAAUCUUUGCCAAAAUGAUGGCCCUUCCUAUGAAUACCUUUCCCCCAAUAUCGUUUGAUAAUGAAGAACUUGAGUGGUACUUAGUCCCCCUUUUGCAUUCAUUAAAAAAGUAAUGUGAAUUUCAUUUUUGUGAAUGUAUAAUGCCAAGAAAUAGAAUUUUGCUUUCCA